AUGGCGGUACGCCAAUUGGUGUCAGACUGCUCCCCUAAUCCCCUUGGUGAACGGUCUCGUCGACCGGUCGACUUGACCUUCUCCCUCUUGGCUACGGCGCCAAGCUUGGUCGAAAAAAGAAGACAUGAGCCCAAGAACGACGAGCCGUCUCACAAACCAUGCCAUCGCAUCAUGGCCGACCCCGCCUGUCCACGGGAUCCCUCACUGGCACGGUGUGUUCGCUGCAGACCAUUCCCAAGAACUCGAGUAUCAGCAAAACCUGAUAAUUUGCCGCUUCAAAGCUCAGCCAGACGAAAGCUAGGCGUUCUUGGCUGCAGAUACCAAGCACCUUCAGCCUGUAUCCUCCAUCCUGUCCACCUUGCGCCCGCCGCUUCGCCGUUCAAUGAGGCUGUGCAAGCAAUGCCAAGACCUACGAGGAUGGGUGGUUUCGCCCUGGCUUCAACUCUCGCCAGUCCAGGGGGGGGACCACAUCGCCAGCGCUCUACACUCAAUCAGAGGAGAAGCAAUCAAAACGAGGCCUUUAAUAAGUCUUGGCAUUGCUCCUUUCACACUCACUGGCCGCCACAUGCAUUCUAUUUGCGCGAUUUGUGA